AUGAAUAGAAGGGAAAAGCAGGUAGUCAUUGCAUGCGUGGGGAGCAGACUGCUGAUAUCGCUGGCGUUCCCGUCACUACAGCAGCAGCUGGACAACGCAGUGGAGUUCUCCACGCCGGUGACCAGCUUCCGGUCGCUCCAGGAGGGGGUGUUCCUGUUGCAGAAUAACCUGCCGGUCUACGACGGGGGCGUGGUGCACCACUUGCCGCUGCUAGUGACGCUGAUGUCGGUUGUGACUGCGGACGUGGCGUAUUCGGUGCUCUACGCGGUAAUGGACGCGCUGGUUGCGUACCAGCUCAUGGCGAUCAGCCGGCAAUUCAAGCAGCUCUCGACUCCCAGCUGGGUGCCAGGGGCGCUGUACGUGGUGAACCCGCUGGUGCUGCUGUCGUGUGUAAGCCGGUCAACAGUGCUGUUCAGCAACCUGGCGCUGACCACCGCGCUCCUGGCGGCGCUGCGGGACGAGGCUCUGCUGGCUGCAGUGGCUAUCGCGGCGGCAGGCUACCUGUCGUUCUACGCGGGCUUCCUGGUGGUGCCGUUGCUUGCAGUGCUACAGCGUGGCCGCCUCCUGACCGCGGUGGUCGCGGCCCUGUGUCUGGCGCUAUUCCAACUGGCUAGUUACAGGCUAAGCGACAACAGCUGGGUAUAUCUGCGCUCGAGCUACGGCGUGAUUAUCACGUUCAGCAAGCUGAUGCCCAACCUGGGCUUGUGGUGGUACUUUUUCAUCGAGAUGUUCGACUUCUUCAUUCCGUUCUUCAAGGCCGUGUUCAACAUCUUCGCCGUCGCGUUCAUCACGCCCUUCAGCAUCCGCUUCUGGCAGCAGCCCUUCUACGCCUUUGUGCUGUGCCUCGGCUGGAUAACGCUGACCAAGUCGUACCCCACGCUGGGCGAAGGCGGCUUCUUCCUGAGCUUCGUGCCCUUCUUCCAGCCGCUCUUCAUAUACCUGCGCCACUCCGUCGUGUCCACCCUGCUCUUCAUGCAUGCCAUUAUCCUCUCACCCACCUUCUACCAUCUGUGGGUGGACCUGGGCUCCGGCAACAGCAACUUCUUUUACGCUAUUUCGCUGCUCUACGCCCUCGCACUCGCGUCCGUCAUCAUCGACUUGUGUUGGUCCAUGCUGCGCAUCGAGUACGACCGUGGCAACCCUGUUAUCAAUGUCAAGUUGACCCAAUUGUAG